GCGGCUGGCGGCGAGAGGCGCUGCAGGGGACGCGGGGGAAGCGGCCGCACUGGCAGCUGACGGCCGGGACUGCGCCCAGGGCUGGAGCCCGAGCCCCUGGAGGUUGAUUGACUUAUGUGCAAUUUGGGAGCCUGGAGUUUUCCUUCCCUCUGCAAACUGGAACAGAGCCUCUGCUGGUGUUGCGAAGAGCAGUCUGAAUGAGGCAGAGAAGCUGAACUCUGACCGGGAGGCCCACCUAGAGCGGCACAAGGCAGUGAGAGCCCGUGGGCUGGGGAGCAGGGAACAGGGCCUGGUGCUGAGGAUGACCAGGAAGCAGGCACCACCCUGGGUCCACACAGCCCUCAUCUUCUUCCUCCUCAGCCUUGGUGGGGCCAUCGAGAUUCCAAUGGAUCUGACCCAGCCCCCAACUAUCACCAAGCAGUCAGUGAAGGACCACAUCGUGGACCCCCGUGAUAACAUCCUGAUCGAGUGUGAAGCCAAAGGGAACCCUGCCCCCAGUUUCCACUGGACUCGCAACAGCAGAUUUUUCAACAUUGCCAAGGACCCACGAGUGUCCAUGAGGAGAAGGUCUGGAACCCUGGUGAUUGACUUCCGCAGCGGUGGGCGACCUGAGGAAUAUGAGGGGGAGUAUCAGUGCUUCGCCCGCAACAAAUUUGGCACUGCAUUGAGCAAUCGGAUCCGCCUACAGGUGUCCAAAUCUCCCCUGUGGCCCAAGGAAAACCUGGACCCUGUUGUAGUUCAAGAAGGUGCCCCCUUGACAUUGCAAUGCAACCCUCCACCUGGCCUCCCAUCCCCAGUCAUCUUCUGGAUGAGUAGCUCCAUGGAGCCCAUCAGCCAGGACAAGCGUGUCUCCCAGGGCCAUAACGGGGACCUGUACUUCUCUAACGUCAUGCUGCAAGACAUGCAGACUGACUACAGCUGCAAUGCCCGCUUCCACUUCACCCACACCAUCCAGCAGAAGAACCCCUUCACCCUCAAGGUCCUCACCACCCGAGGAGUUGCAGAAAGAACACCCAGCUUCAUGUAUCCCCAGGGCACCUCAAGCAGUCAGAUGGUGCUUCGUGGCAUGGACCUCCUGUUGGAGUGCAUCGCCUCUGGGGUCCCAACACCAGACAUCGCAUGGUACAAGAAAGGUGGGGACCUCCCAUCUGACAAAGCCAAGUUUGAGAACUUUAACAAGGCUCUGCGUAUCACCAAUGUCUCUGAAGAAGACUCAGGGGAGUAUUUCUGCCUGGCCUCCAACAAGAUGGGCAGCAUCCGGCACACGAUCUCGGUGAGAGUAAAGGCUGCUCCUUAUUGGCUAGAUGAGCCCAAGAACCUGAUCCUGGCUCCAGGAGAGGAUGGGAGGCUGGUGUGCCGGGCCAACGGGAACCCUAAACCCACUGUCCAGUGGAUGGUGAAUGGGGAACCUUUGCAAUCGGCACCACCCAACCCAAACCGUGAGGUGGCCGGAGACACCAUCAUCUUCCGGGACACCCAGAUCAGCAGCAGGGCAGUGUACCAGUGCAACACAUCCAAUGAGCAUGGCUACCUGCUGGCCAAUGCCUUCGUCAGUGUGUUGGAUGUGCCUCCUCGGAUGCUGUCACCCCGGAACCAGCUCAUCAGAGUGAUCCUUUACAACCGGACACGACUGGACUGCCCAUUCUUUGGGUCUCCCAUUCCCACACUCCGAUGGUUUAAGAAUGGACAAGGAAGCAACCUGGAUGGUGGCAACUACCACGUCUAUGAAAAUGGCAGUCUGGAAAUCAAGAUGAUCCGUAAAGAGGACCAAGGCAUCUACACCUGUGUGGCCACUAACAUCCUGGGCAAGGCUGAAAACCAAGUUCGCCUGGAGGUCAAAGACCCCACCAGGAUCUAUCGGAUGCCUGAGGACCAGGUAGCCAAGAGGGGCACCACAGUGCAGCUUGAGUGUCGUGUGAAGCAUGACCCUUCCUUGAAACUUACGGUCUCUUGGCUGAAGGAUGAUGAGCCACUCUAUAUUGGAAACAGGAUGAAGAAAGAAGAUGAUUCCCUGACCAUCUUUGGCGUGGCAGAACGGGACCAAGGCAGUUACACAUGCAUGGCUAGCACCGAGCUGGACCAAGACCUGGCCAAGGCCUAUCUCACUGUUCUAGCUGAUCAGGCCACUCCAACUAACCGUUUGGCUGCCCUACCCAAAGGGCGGCCAGAUCGACCCAGGGACCUGGAGCUCACUGACCUGGCUGAAAGGAGUGUGAGGUUGACCUGGAUCCCAGGGGACGACAACAACAGCCCCAUCACAGACUACGUCAUCCAGUUUGAAGAGGACCAAUUCCAGCCAGGGAUCUGGCAUGACCAUUCCAAGUUCCCAGGCAGUGUCAACUCAGCUGUCCUCCAGCUGUCCCCAUAUGUCAACUAUCAAUUCCGAGUCAUUGCUGUCAAUGAGGUUGGGAGUAGCCACCCCAGCCUCCCAUCUGAGCGCUACCGAACCAGUGGGGCACCUCCGGAGUCCAAUCCCAGCGAUGUGAAGGGAGAGGGGACAAGAAAGAACAACAUGGAGAUCACAUGGACGCCCAUGAAUGCCACGUCUGCCUUUGGCCCCAACCUGCGCUACAUUGUCAAGUGGCGUCGGAGAGAGACUCGAGAGACCUGGAACAACGUGACCGUGUGGGGCUCUCGUUACGUGGUGGGGCAGACCCCUGUCUACGUGCCCUAUGAGAUUCGUGUCCAGGCCGAAAAUGACUUUGGGAAGGGCCCUGAGCCUGACACUGUCAUUGGGUACUCAGGAGAAGAUUAUCCCAGGGCUGCACCCACCGAAGUUAAAGUCCGAGUCAUGAACAGCACAGCCAUCAGCCUUCAGUGGAACCGAGUCUACUCUGACACGGUCCAGGGCCAGCUCAGAGAGUAUCGAGCCUACUACUGGAGGGAAAGCAGCUUGCUGAAGAACCUGUGGGUGUCUCAGAAGAGACAGCAAGCCAGCUUCCCUGGUGACCGCCCCCGGGGAGUGGUGGCCCACCUCUUCCCCUACAGUAACUACAAGCUGGAGAUGGUUGUGGUCAAUGGGAGAGGCGAUGGGCCUCGCAGCGAAACCAAGGAGUUCACCACCCCAGAAGGAGUACCCAGUGCCCCCAGGCGUUUCAGAGUCCGGCAGCCGAACCUGGAGACCAUCAACCUGGAGUGGGAUCACCCAGAACACCCCAAUGGGAUCCUGAUUGGAUACACUCUCAAAUAUGUUGCCUUUAAUGGAACCAAAGUGGGAAAGCAGAUGGUGGAAAACUUCUCUCCCAAUCAGACCAAGUUCUCCAUGCAGAGAGCAGACCCUGUGUCACGCUACCGCUUCACCCUCAGCGCCAGGACGCAGGUGGGCUCUGGGGAAGCAAUCACAGAGGAGUCUCCAGCACCUCCGAAUGAAGCCACUCCAACUGCAGCUCCUCCCACGUUGCCCCAGACUACUGUGGGUGCCACAGGCCUUGUGAGUAGUACCGAUGCUACUGCUCUUGCUGCUACCAGUGAAGCCACAACAGUCCCCACCAUCCCACCUGUCGUACCUACUACCAUCGCCACCACCGUCGCCACUACUACUACAACCACUGCUGCUACCACCACCACCACCACCACCACCACGGAGAGCCCUCCCACCACCACCAGGACUAAGAUUCCAGAAACCGCCCCCGGUGAGCAGUCCAUUUGGAACGUCACGGUGCUCCCCAACAGUAAAUGGGCCAACAUCACCUGGAAGCACAAUUUCAGGCCCGGAACUGACUUUGUGGUUGAGUACAUCGACAGCAAUCAUACGAAAAAAACUAUCCCUGUUAAGGCCCAGGCACAGCCUAUACAGCUGACAGACCUCUAUCCCGGGAUGACGUACACAUUGCGGGUAUAUUCCCGGGACAACGAGGGCAUCAGCAGUACCGUCAUCACCUUUAUGACCAGUACAGCUUACACCAAUAACCAGGCCGACAUCGCCACCCAGGGCUGGUUCAUCGGGCUCAUGUGCGCCAUCGCCCUCCUGGUGCUGAUCCUGCUCAUCGUCUGCUUCAUCAAAAGGAGCCGCGGGGGCAAGUACCCAGUGCGAGAAAAGAAGGAUGUUCCCCUGGGCCCUGAAGACCCUAAAGAAGAGGAUGGCUCAUUUGACUACAGUGAUGAGGACAACAAGCCCUUGCAGGGCAGCCAGACAUCCCUGGACGGUACCAUCAAACAGCAGGAGAGUGAUGACAGCCUGGUGGACUACGGCGAAGGCGGCGAGGGCCAGUUCAACGAGGACGGCUCCUUCAUCGGCCAGUACACAGUCAAAAAGGACAAGGAAGAAACAGAGGGCAAUGAGAGCUCAGAGGCCACGUCACCCGUCAAUGCCAUCUAUUCACUGGCCUGAUGGAGCACCCCAGGCACAGCGCUACUUUGCAAGUAGGAGGGAAAGGGGGAGACGAAGCCGCUGCAGACCUACCACAAAGCCUCAACCACCUUCAGGGACAAGGGUACAAUAUGGGGGGUCUGCCAAGCUAUGAGGACCAGUGACCACCCAGCAACCCACAAGCCCCUCUCAGUGAUGUCCCUACCGGUGCCACUGGUAUGGGAGAGCUAGAGAUGUGCUCACUGGAGGGAGCCCUGGUCCCUUGUCCUGUCUCACAGCCACCCUGAGCACCCAGCCACACUGGCCGUCCUUGACUUCGGCCAGUACACAUUUGCCCAUGUCUAUUGGUUACAGUACUUUUGUCUUCAUUUUUACUUUGUGCACCUUCUCCUUCACACCCAAUAUCUCCAUUUUUCUUUUACUUUUUGAAGCAAUGUCCCUGGAAAAAUAUGUGGGCUCUCUCCCAGGAAACCACAAAGAUAGGCAAAAAGGAUUGAUUCAUAACACAACAUGCAGAAAAGCUGUAGUAUUCAAGCUGCCUCCGGGCCAGUGUGUUUCAGAAGGAUGCCUUUCUUGCCAUAUGCCUCCCCACCCCCACCCUCUACCCAUCUGCCUCGGCCUUGUCCGCACUGAGUUGGGCUUGGCUCCUCUCUGGGAAAUGACAGUAUUUUUGGCAGGGAGAAGGUGGGCAGGACUCCUUGCCACACUCUGGUUUGGUUGGGAGGGGAGUUUACCUCUUGUUCUUCGUUCUUACCCUGUCCCCACCGCCAGAGAUUCUGAAAAUGAGCUGUGUUGACUGCAGAUGGUAAGGAAAAAGCAUGGGUACUGAUGGAAAGGACUUGUCCCGAGGUAACUGAGCACACCUCUGGAGAGAAGAAAGAGCCAGCUUUGUAACUUCUUCCUCCCUGGCAGUUAAACCCAGGGUGGAGGAGAGAGGACUGCACCUGCCCAACUGGUCAGGGUCUCUGCUGCUACCUUCAAAGAGCUGGAACCCUGUGAUACAGCCUGGCUGGUAUAUUUGGGGAAAACAGUACUAUACCCCUUCCAUCCUCUCCUUGCUCAAUUGUGUCUGACAUUGACUUGCGUGUGACUUGGUAUAUGGAUGGGGAUCUGCUGCCCCCAGACUGAGCCUGUCUGUCCUUUCAUUAGGGUACAUACAUAUCGGGACCACCAGGUGCACCAUAUUAACAGUGCUGUGAUGCCCCUGCAUGAAAGGACGCAAUGCUCUUCGUAUGCCUUAUGCAGCUCUGAUCUACCCCUGCAGUUCCCAGCUCCUUAGCCCCACCCUGCAAGCCUCAAUGCCUCCAGUGAUGUGUGUCUCGAGACUGGGGCAGCCUAUGCAAGUGUCCUCUCGGACGGGAAGCAGUCACUCCACACCCGCCCUUAGCCUACCACCCUAAUGAAGACACUCACAGGCCUGCAGUUCUCAGCCUGAAGGUGCUGCCUUCACCCCCCACCUAAUCCACUUUUGAAACCAAAGGUACCUAGCCUCAGUGACACAAAGAGAGGGGAGACCUUCAGCCAGUGUCACCCUGUAACUGUGUCUGCAGCCUGAGGCUGUUGCGGGAAGGUAAGGCUGACCACUAAGAAUGGAUCACUUGCCACUUGAUGUGGCCUCCAAUUUGAGCCUCCAGCCUGGGCAGGACUAGGGCUGUGCCCUUCAGGAACUCUCCUAAAGCAUCAUUUGCCACAUGUUUAAGCCACAAAGGUAUUAGCAACGCUUGCAUCACUUAAUAAGAACUCAGUUGAACAUCAUGCCCAUAGACACACUCUGCAGGUAAGAAACCAUAGCCCAGAGCUGAGCCAAUGACGUUUGAUCCUGAGAGUAUGUUAUGGUCCUUUGGCCCAAGCCAUGGCCAGUGCUGCUGUCUGGAGGCCUGAGGGGCAGCUCUCAUUGUGAAAGGGGACAGGGUAAACAUCAGAAGGCUGGGAGGAGGCUCAGGGUCUCCUCCCCUGGCUCCUUCUGGCACCUGCUUGAAUGCAGCUAGGCAUUACUGCAGUGUAGGCCUGAGAGGAAAGCUGGAGAAGUGAGGUGAAGUAAAGAAAACAUUUUGGAUCAGGACAGAGUGGUCAGUCGGUCAGGCAUCAUUCACACUGCACCGUCCAGUAGUUAACCUGUUGUACUGACAGCAGGAGGAAAGACCUAUGAGAUCGUAGACCUUUCUCUGCCACAGACAGCCUGGGAAGGGCUGCGUUGGUCUUGAGGGUCUAGGGGAGAAGUGAAUCCUUAAGCUGUCUUUGUGCCUCAUUCUAGAGUCCUACUAUACUCAGUACCCUCCUCCUUCAUGUAUGAAGAGAAGGCUGUUAACCCCUCUCACGGGCUGUUGUUUUGUGGGUGCUGAUAGAGGCCCCAAACACUACAUUAUUACAGCUGUCCAGGCAAGAGCAGAUCUGGGGCUGGAAAACCAACUUCUAAGCAGAAGUGGUAGGUGCCCAGACAGACCAGGCUGAGAUAUGAGGUCAUGGAGUAGAGGAGGUAGCUUCCUCUGAGAAGAGGAGAGGUCACUUUCCACAGAGCCUGCCAGAAUCUACCCCAGCUCAACUGGAGAGCAGUAUUUCCCAGCGUUCCCUGCCAUCUGGAUCUCAAACAGCCACCUCAAAGUGAGGCUAGGAGAAAGCAGUCCUGCUAGUGUUUCUGCCCAUCUGCUGGUGGCAGAGGCAGGGUGCAGGUCAUCGUGCAGUGACUCUGCACGUUCCCUGGGCUAGGCUGCCAUGUGCCUACCCAUAAGUGUUGUGGCUGCCUGCGCCCUCACUGUUCAUUUGCCCAUUUAUCAAAUACUCUUGAGCAUCUAGUCUGGACCAAGGCUUGAGCCUUGAAUGCUGUGUGUGUGAGAUCAAAUGUGGUCCCUGCCCCCACGGGGCUAAUGUUACUGGAAAUGGGUAACUGAGUUACUGGAACACAGUGACCAUUAAGUUGGAAGCAUUGUGUCCUCUGUUGUUUAAGCUACUGAUUGUGCCAAGCUGGAAGGGAGAAGCUUCCAAGGAAGAUGUGGUCCAUCUGGCCAGCAAAUCUGGGCAGGACAUGGCAGUCAAGAUAAGUGGGGUUAAACAACCAGCUCUUGGAGCCUCUUUAACACCUUUUCAGGAUGUCUGUCUUCCCCCAUUCAGCCCUUCUUUGAAUACCCCUGUUCAGAGGGAAAUAAACCCACAGGUCAGGCAAGGAUCCCACCUUGCCUGCAAUAUGGUAAACAGGACCCAUCUGUCCCUGGUGCAGAGAAAACUGAGUUUACACUAAAGGGAAAGCCAGGUUGACUCCCACCAUUGCCCAUUUCCUUUGCCCUCAGAGGUAGGAGUAGAAGGGGCCACUGCUCCAAGAAAGGUCUAGAAGUGACUGCUGGGCCAAGAGUCAGCCAGUGAGCCAGUGAGACCCACACAGGAAAUCAGCAGCUCAGACAGAAAGCAUGUUGCUAGUUUCCCUGGCCAUAGCCAGCACUACAAAGGGAGUGAAAAACUGAUCCAUGGAUGUCUGUAGGGUUUCCAGCUAAGGGACAACCUCCCCACCUACCACACCAAUACAUACACAUGCACAGAGCAUACUGUGGCCCUAUUGCAGAACAGUGCUUCCAGCAGGGAACAAUCCAGAUCAUGACAUCAUCUUACAGAGCAUGUGUCUAUAUCUGGGCUCACGAGAGAAGAACUGCUAAGGGUUGGAGGGUGGGGAGGGACUUGAUGGAGGAAGAGAGGCAACCCUGGGUACGUAGAAGACAGUCAUCUGGAGAAGAAAAGAGACCUGAGCUCCUCCUGGCACCGGGCUGAGCCCAGCUACUCUAGAUCCCCCCACUCCCCAACAGUCUUUUGAUGGGGAAGCAGGGUUCAACAUUAGUUUCCCUUGGCAUUUAUGAGGCCACUUCACUGUCACUUCCUGGGCCUUUCAAUGGGCCUUUUAUGGCCUUCUUGGGACUCAGUUCUCAGCAGAAAAGUAGCAGACUGCUAGAAUGCCUGUCCAAGCCAGGCAUAGUGGCACACGCCUUUAAUCCCAGCACUUGGGAGGCAGAGGCAGGUGGAUCU